AUGACGGUCGAAUACCUGGACUGGGUCAACUUCUAUGUGCCGACCGCCAAGAUAUCUCUGACGCUUGCCGCAGUCCGAGGAGGAAAUGUACUCGGCUUGGAAGAGAACCCAGAGGAUCUGAUUGUAGCGUCCAUAAAACCGCGAUUGUUUGACGCCGCUCAGGACGCAGCCAUCCUUUUGGGUCGCGGCCAAGAAUCCAAUAUUUCGCGUAUUUGCUUACUUGCAGCAUUUGAAGCUGAGCCCACAGCGGCAGAUCACAAUUCUGUCGCUACCUUAAAGCCUCGCAAAUGUAUAUCCACCAUUUCCUCCCUCUCACAACAGCUGUUUGCCACUUCUCCCAUCUAUUAUGUCUUGGAAAACCGUCUCAAGGCCAAAUUCGGCCAAAAGGAUCUGCCAACAUCCCCGCGUGUUGAGGCCUUGCCAUCCAUUACCCCACAUGCACGGGCCGCUCCUGAUGCCACGUCUCCGCCCAUUCUACCAGCACGCCUCUGGAACCAAGCAUACGACCAGGCAAAGACAAGCGGUUCGAGAACCGUUGAUAUCUACGAAAAAAUCUUGUCUGCUCGGCUGAGCGAACAAGAUGCAGACGCUUUCAACCCCCAUCACUCUGCAGAUCUCGCGUCGCAGCAGAACGAGAUUGCACAGGACGCAGGUAAAAGGCGGAUGCAGAUGCAGCAGCUCGUUCAGAAUGGGCUACGCAGAACGGAGAAGGAUGCCAAGGUGAAGCAGGGGAUGGAAGAUGGCAUCCAGGCCGCCAUGGCUGUGAAAGAGGUUGUGGACAAAGCGAUCCAGGCGUCGCCCGAAGCGGCUGUCGCCUGGGUGGGUGUCUGCUUCGCGCUUGAGAUUCUGAUGAACCCGCUCACCCAGGCGAGCUCUAACCGGCAAGGCAUCUCCUAUGUUGUGUCGAGGAUGGACUGGUACUGGAACCUUUCGAGCCUCUUACUAGACGAGAAUAUGACUGAGGCGCAUUCUUCAGGCCUGCGUGAUGAGCUCGAGAAGGUCGUUAUCCAGCUCUAUGCGAAGCUGCUGCUCUACCAGAUGAAGAGCGUGUGCUACUACCACCGUAGACGGCUUUCGGUGUUUGCACGAGACCUUAUUAAGCUGGAUAAUUGGGAUGGCGAGCUAAGCGACAUACAAGCAGCCGAGGCGGCAGUGCAGGCGAACUCGGCGCAGUACAAUACGCUCUCGAUCCGGACUCGGCUCGGCGCGAUUGCUGAAACGGCCAAGUCUCAGAAUGUUAAGCUGGACAGCAUUGGCUCAGCCAUUCGGGAGCAGACCAAGCAGCAGGAGAGGAUGCACGAGACAAGCGCGGACAACAAGUGCCUAGCGGACCUGCGCCUUACCGAUCCUCGCGACGACAAGAAGCGUAUUGAGGAGACUAAAGGCGGACUACUAAAGGACUCAUACCGCUGGGUUCUCGACAACCCGGACUUCCGACAAUGGCGCGAUAGACCACAGAACCAACUGUUGUGGGUCAAGGCUGAUCCUGGCAAAGGGAAGACGAUGCUGAUAUGUGGGAUUGUUGACGAACUACAGAGCUCGAUCGGCGCAACAGGCCUUCUGUCGUACUUUUUCUGUCAGGCAACCGACUCGCGUAUCAACAGCGCCACAGCCGUGCUACGAGGUCUGCUGUACAUGCUUGUUAAUCAGCAGCCAUCGCUCGUCUCGCACAUACGGAAGAAGCAUGACCACGCAGGCAAAGCGCUCUUCGAGGAUGCGAAUGCUUGGUUUGCCUUGUUGGAAAUCUUCACAAAUGUUCUGCAAGACCCGAGCUUAAAGACCACGUAUUUGAUCAUUGAUGCACUUGACGAGUGCGUAAUGGAUUUGCCGAAACUCUUAGACUUUAUUGCGCAGAAGUCGUCUAUAUCUCCUCGUGUUAAGUGGAUAGUUGCUAGCCGCAACGAGGCUUUUAUUGAGCAGAGACUGCAACUUGACGAUUCCGGAACCAGGCUGAGUCUAGAGCUCAAACAAAACGCGGCGCAAGUAUCCCGUGCCGUUGAUGCGUAUAUCGACCAUUGCCUUUCGGAACUACCAGAAAUUCAACACGACAACAUCCUCCGAGAGUCGGUGCGGGACAAAAUGCAACAAAAGGCUAGUGGCACUUUUCUCUGGGUGUCUCUUGUCGUUAAAGAGCUGAAAGAGGUGAUGGCUUGGGAGGUGCUACAAGUUCUCGAAGAAGUGCCAACACAGUUGAAAGACCUAUAUCGUCGGAUGUUGAAGCAAAUAGAACGGUUGCAGCGUCAAUAUCCAGAACUUUGUCGGCAAGUUCUCUCUACUGUCAUAGCAGCUUACCGUCCGCUACGCCUACAAGAGCUGCAUAGUUUAUCCGGCUUGCCCACCCAGGCCCGGGACGUAAAUGAAGCCAUUACUGCGAUUGUAAAGAUGUGCGGCUCAUUCCUGACGAUACAAGAAGGUAGUGUCUACAUCAUCCAUCAGUCAGCUCGAGACUUUCUAUCUAGUGAAGCAAGCCAUAACAUCUUGCCGUGUGGGGUUGGGGAUGUUCACCAUUCUAUCGUCUUGAGAUCGCUCCAAGCCAUGUCUAAGACGCUCAAACGGGACGUGUACAGCUUGCAUGCGCCAGGGUAUCCUGCGGAGCAAGUGGAAUCGCCAGAUCCAGACCCUUUGGCGGCGUCACGUUAUUCGUGCAUCUACUGGAUCGAUCACCUCUGUGACUGGAGCUUCAGUUCUUCUGUGAAUUCCUCGAUUGACCUGCAAGAUGGGGGCGCUGUUCACGAAUUUCUAAGGAAGAAAUACCUCUACUGGCUUGAGGCUCUUAGCUUGUGCAAAAGCAUGCCGAAAGGAGUAAUCUCAAUGGCAAAACUUGAGGCGUUAGUCAAUGGAAAAGCAGAUGCAACUAAGCUGAUUGCGCUGGUUCGAGAUGCGCGCCGAUUCAUUAUGGCUCACAAGUGGGCGAUAGAGAACAGUCCUCUGCAGGCAUACGUAUCCGCACUUGUGUUCAGCCCGGCGGGCAGCUUAGUAAGGAGUCAUUUCAAGGAAGGAGAAUCACAAAGGAUUACGAUAAAGCCGAGUAUAGGAGAUCAAUGGAGUGCCUGCUUACAGACGCUUGAGGGGCAUAGCCAUCGGGUCAGGUCAGUUGCCUUCUCGCACGACUCGGCGCGGCUCGCAUCCGGGUCAAGCGACAACACAAUUAAGAUCUGGGAUGCGAGCAGUGGCGAGUGCCUAUCGACGUUUAAGGGCGAUAUCGAUCUAGUCUUCUCAGUCGCCUUCUCGCACGACUCGAUGCGGCUCGCAUCCGGGUCAAGCGAUAACACAGUCAAGAUCUGGGAUGCGACUAAUGGCGAGUGCCUGUUAACGCUGGAGGGGCAUAGCUAUCGGGUCGGCUCAGUAGCCUUCUCGCACGACUCGAUGCGGCUCGCAUCUGGGUCAAGCGACAACACAGUCAAGAUCUGGGAUGCGAAUAGCGGCGAGCGCCCGUCGAGACUUAAGGGGCAUAGCGAUUGGGUUAACUUAGUCGCCUUCUCGCACGACUCGAUGCGGCUCGCAUCUGCUUCAAGCGACAACACCGCUAAGAUCUGGGAUGUAAGUAGUGGCGAAUGCCUAUCAACACUGCAGGGGCAUAGCGGUUGGAUUAGGUCAGUCGCCUUCUCGCACGACUCGAUGCGGCUCGCAUCUGGGUCAAGCGACAACACCGUCAAGAUCUGGGAUGCGACUAAUAGCGAGUGCCUGUUAACGCUGGAGGGGCAUAGCGAUUGGGUUAGGUCAGUAGCCUUCUCGCACGACUCGAUGCGGCUCGCAUCUACGUCAGGCAACACGGUCAAGAUCUGGGAUAUAAAUAGUAGCGAGUGCCUAUUAACGCUAGAGGGGCAUAGCGGUGCAGUCUCGUCAGUCGCCUUCUCACACGACUCGACGCGGCUCGCAUCUGGGUCAAGCGACAACACCGUCAAGAUCUGGGAUACGACCAAUGGCGAGUGCCUGUUAACGCUAGAGAGGCAUAGCGGUGCGGUCUCGUCAGUCGCCUUCUCACACGACUCGAUGCGGCUCGCAUCUGGGUCAAGCGACAACACCGUUAAGAUCUGGGAUGCGAGCAGUGGUGAGUGUCUCCAGACACUUAGUAUUGGCAGGCCACUCUACUGCAUCUCAUUUGACAUCUUCAGCUCAUCCCUUCACACGGAUAUUGGCACUAUCGAGAUCAACGUUCCCCCACGCGUUGCAAGUCCACUGCCUUUCCAUUCAGAACUCCAGAGUCCUCAAUAUCAAGGCUUAGCUUUAAGCGCAGAUGGCGUAUGGAUAACAUAUAAUUCAGAGAAUCUAUUAUGGCUUCCCUCUGAUUAUCGACCGGCAUGCUCCGCAGUGUCAGGAGAGACGAUUGUAGUUGGUGUUGGAACCGGAAGAGUGUGGAUAUGUAAUGUCCAGCUUAACAUAUCUUCACGCUCCAAAUUUGGAGUGCUUAUGUAG